AAAGUGAAUGCACUGUUCAGGUAUUUUAAAACUACAUAAGAGUCUCCUACUCCACUUUGGAACUGUAGACAGCAGUUUUAAAUUAAGAUGGCAGGAGUAACAAGUAGAGGAAUACUUUUAAGCUCUCUUAGUCCACAAUAUCUGCACUCAAACUCCACUAGCCACACCUGGCCCUUUAGUGCUAUAGCAGAACUGAUCGAUAAUGCUUAUGACCCUGAUGUCAGUGCAAAACAGUUCUGGAUUAAUAAAACAGUAUUCAAAGAACAGGACUGCCUCAUCUUUAUGGAUAAUGGAAAAGGCAUGGAUUAUGACAAGAUGCACAAAAUGCUCAGUUUUGGAUUCAGUGAUAAGCAAACAAUAAGAGGCCAUGUUCCAGUGGGUCUUUAUGGUAAUGGCUUUAAGUCAGGCUCAAUGCGCUUGGGGAAGGAUGCCAUUGUGUUCUCCAAGAAAGCCAGCACCAUGUGUGUCGGUCUCCUGUCACAGACUUACCUUGAGAAGAUUGGAGCACAGAAUAUCAUGGUGCCUAUUGUCAUGUUUACCAAGACAGGACAGACUGUCAGUGCUGCACCGGAGCAUGCAGAAAGUCUUUAUGAUAUCCUGACACACUCUCUUUUUAACACCAAGGAAGAACUGAUUUCAGAGUUUAGUGUCAUUGAUAGGUUUUGCACCAGCCCAAGUGGAACCCGCAUCAUCAUCUGGAACCUACAGAGAACACCUUCAGGAGAAUUGGAAUAUAACUUCAGGGACCCCAACGACAUCCAGCUCCCUGUUGAUGUGUACAAGGGCUCCAGGGAGAAGUUCAGGCGGCAGGCAUGGGGUGGCAUGUCAGUGCCUGAGAGUGAAUAUUCACUGCGAGCAUACUGUAGUAUCCUGUACCUGAAGCCACGAAUGCAGAUUAUACUUCAAGGACUGAAGGUGGAAACUCAGUAUGUUGAAAAAACUCUAGCAAAAGUCUUUACUGACACAUACAAACCUGUUUGUCUUACUUCCAUUAAAAAAGCAAUAACGAUCACAUUUGGCUACAACACAAAGAGUAAAGAGCACUACGGAUUGAUGAUGUACCACAAAAAUCGCCUCAUUAAAGCCUAUGAGCGUGUUGCCUGUCAGCGUGGGGGAAACAACAGGGGAGAAGGAAUUAUUGGGGUGAUAGUGUGUAACCACCUCACACCAAUUCACAACAAGCAGGACUUUGAGAAAAAUGAAGAAUACUGGAGAACCAUGUCUAGUGUAGGAAAAAAGCUUGAGGAAUAUUGGAAGCAAGUCCAUUUUAUACAUGACACAAAAUGCAAUGGACGUUUGGAGGAUACCGUGGAACAACCAGAUCAACAGUGGGUUCAGUGUGAUGCCUGUCUAAAGUGGCGAAAACUUCCAGAUGGCGUUGAUCCUAAAAAGCUUCCUAAAAGGUGGCUCUGCCUCAUGAACCCUGACCCAAAAUACAGGAGUUGUACAGAUGAAGAAGAACCUGAGGAUUCUAAUGAUGGACAACACAGAUACCAGAAAACCUAUAAACAGCAUGAGCAAGCCCAGAAGUUCCAGCAGAGACAGCAGGAAAAGAGACAGCAGCAAAGCACACUUUCAUCCAUUCAAACUACAUUCCACCAUUCUGGUAAUACCUCAGCGAACACUCUUCACUCCUCUGUCUUAACUGUCCCUAAAAGGAAGAAGAAAGCCUUGGACUUGGGUUGUGAAAACCCAGAGAAAAAGAAAGCCAGAAGAAAAGGGUUUGAUGAAAGCAUCCCAGAUUUAUCUACUUGUUUACCUCUUAUGUUCAACGAUGAUAGUGAUGCUAGUGAGUUGGAAAGUAACAAUAUUAAAACAGCACUGACAGAUGAGGGUGUUGAGGUGAUUAAGAGCAUGGAGAAGAAGGAGGAGAGCAAUCAAAUGCCUCAGACCAGCUCUGAGGACCAGCAGGACUACAAAAUGCUGUACUUGCAGGUCAUACAGGCAAUAAAGCAUAAUAAGCUUAUAGAGCUCAAAAAAGAUUUAAACAAAGAGGGAGUGGACACAAAGAUGAACAGUCUAGAAUAUGAGAAGUGCAGGUUGUCAACCUGCCAUGAGAGCCUGCAAAAAGAUCUAGAAAAAAUAAAUACAAAAAGUAAAAACAUGGAGCUCAGUGCAAAAGAUUGUGCAGCACCUUCAACACAAGUCUCCAAACCAGGAGGUGAAAGAUACUUACAACUUCAAAUAUGUGAAGAUGAGACACAGGACAAAUCAGGGAGUGAGAAAGGACACACAGAGAUAAAAAUGCCAUCACACCUCAGGUUAAUAGAAUUAAGGCAAAGAGUGGAUCAUCUCUUGGUCAACUUCAUUCCAGCUGUAGACCGUAAGCAGGUCACUGAUGACCUUUUCAACCAGUUUAUAGAUGUGAUCUCCCCUGAAGUGGAAGUGAUGUUGACAAAAGAAACAGAAAUUCAAGAGGCACAUUUACCAUCAGAAAGUAAAGAAGACGACAACUUCUCAAUAUCUACUCAACCCUCUUACACCAGACAUCACUCAGCAGAUGUAUUCAUUCCAGAACCAGUUAAACAGAGUGCCAACAGCGGUGCAUAUAGGUUUCUGUGCUCUCAUACUGGGCAGUUUCACUGUAAAUUAACCAACCUUAUAUUUGAGAUGAAAGGUAGUGGAGAAGUGACCUAUACAGUAGUGCCUUGGGAUAAGAGUCAGCUGCAGGUCAUGGGCCAGUUCCAGCCUGCAGGACCCCUGUACAACAUCAAGUGCUCUAAAGAUUCAAUUCUUCAUCUGCACAUCCCACACUGCGAGAUAGCUACUGAUAACAACCAGAUUGAACUGGCUGUGGCACAUUUUGGUGAGGAUAAUGUGGAGAUCCUUCAGCCACUGAAAAUAAAAAACACACAUGUGAUCUUAAAAUUUCAAGGACUCUCCAUAUUUGGCUUGUUAAAAAAAUGGAUGUUUGUUGAAAGACCCAUCAGUGCCCAAGUCCUUCUUUUCUACAAAGAAAUAAUUGAAAACCAACGAAUGAGAACGCUGCACAUUCACUUGUUGCCAGGAAAUGUGCCAGUUGAAGAGGUGCAGAAACAACAUCAGGGAAGCACAUAUCUUCAGUGCAGCUCCAUAGGUCCACUGACCCCUGGUAAAAAAUACAAACCACUCUGUGAGCCUCAUGUAUUCCAGCCAAAGGUUGAGGCAUUUGGCUGUGACUUUGGCCCCUACUAUUACUCCACAUUUAAGGUGAUCCUUAAUACAGAGGUUGAAGACCUCACAUUGGGGCUUUUGGAUGAAACUGGCCAGGUGGUGUGGGAGCCUCGUCAGGUCUCUCUUAUAGCUGAUAAGGAAGCAAUUCCAUCUGAAACAGAUUAAGGCAGUACUAUGUGCUGAUAUUAGCAGACAAGAAACAUGUCUAAUUUCUACUAAUACAGCAUCAGCAAAAGCAUGAGCACCUUUCUGUUUCAACCAAGAUCAUGGACCAGUCAAAAAUAGCUGUGUGAUGGGAUUUUAAUGUCUAGUCAUUUAUCAUCUGAUGAUAAAGAUGAUUGAUGAUAGAUGAAGAUGAAUGAUUGAUCAUGAUAAAGAAGAUAAUGUGGAAUUGUUCAUUUUGUUAACAAAUGUGUACAUUUGUUGCUAUUAAUUUUUGAAGUUGCGUCGUUGGAUAGGUAAGUCGCUCAGUCUGUCCUCUGCACCUCGAUUAGCUUACCGGGAGCGUUAGUACCUUAAGAAGAUCCACAUUUAACCUGUGGAAAACUUAAACUUUGUGUAUUGUCUAUUUGCUGAUUAUUGGAAAAAGACAAUUAAUGUUUGCCUGACCUAUUGUAUGUAAUUUAUACUUGCUUGGAGAGGCACAAGCCUAAGCAAAGUAUUGCAUCUGAGUUUUCCUUCAGAGCUUCCUGUCUGUAACCGCUAGAUCUUACUGCAAGGUGAUUGCCCUACCCAUUUCCUGCACUCACGUGAGAAGCAUGAUUUAUAAAAAUGCAGGUAGCAUGCUAUGCAGAUAGCAGCCCCUUUUUUUAAACUUUAAACUGUAAGUUUUCAAUGAGGUAGUUUUUUUUUCUCACUAAAAUGCUCUGUACUGGUGAAUAUGCAAUGUAGAUUGAGCAUUAUAAUUUUAUAGGAUGCGUGAUUUAUGAUGACAUUCACCAGGUACUAUUAAAGUUAUUUGAAUGUCUAAAUAUUUUAUUGUGUAACAGGUAUUAUAUCCAAGUGAAACUUUAAUGUACAAGUGGCUGUUUUCUCUAUGAUUUUUUAUAUUCGGUUUAAAAUUUGUGUAUGAAUAAAUGCUCUCAAAAAUA